AUGCCAACUAACGACAGUCAUGAUGCCGAUGGAAUGCACUACGAACCUUCUGAUCUCAUUGUCACCGUCGUCUUCUCCUGUUAUGUCCUUUACACGGCUGCGAUUGUGAUUGGAAUUCCUUGCAAUGCUUUCGUCCUGUAUCGAAUGUGUAGACUGUCGAAGAAGUGCUCAGACAUGUACAGCAAUGGUGUAGGCCUAUGUCUUUUCUUUAUGGCCGUGGCUGACAUUGGAUCGUUGCUGUCGAUUCUGGUCCACUAUAUCCUGAGCAUUCACACAGAAACUCAGCUGGCUGCUGAUUACAUCGGAGUCGAGGGUGUGAACGCUGUUUGCAAGAUAGCCACUUUCUCGAUGCAUAUCUCCACAUUCGUGUCCAUUUGGAGUUGGUUACUGAUGUCAACACUCCGGUAUCUGUCGGUGUACAAGCCGUUAUUCUACAUUCGCCUCUGGAAACUGCCGGUUAAGGUGAUGUGCGUAGUUGUAUGCGUCGCUGUUCUGUGUAAUGCUUGGCUUCUUGUAUCAGUAGAAAAUGAUCCAUCUGGUGGAUGCACGACGCGUUCACUUUUCAACUCACAACUAGUGAACAAGAUUUUCCUCCUUAUAGAGAUUGUCUGCUCAUUUGUGAUUCCAACCCUCACUAUCGUUUAUGUUGACGCUUCCGUCCUUUUUGGCCUUUACUUCAGAAUGGAUGUCACCAAGCCACAAGAGCCAGAUCUACGACGGAACUUCUCACCUCGCUCACAGCGAAACUCUUCUUAUCUCUGGCGAUGGCUUAUCAUCGCACUCAUCGACGUCGGCCUCAAUGCACCAGAAAACCUCUCUAGAUUGGCUUUGAUACUGGGGAUUAUAAAGUAUAGCGAGAGCGAGAUGUUCUAUAUUUACAGAAUCGUUGCUCAGGUGCCUUACUAUCUUCAAUUUGGCUUCAAUGGUGUAUACCUAGCGCUGUUCAUCUAUGAUAAAUCGACUCGUCCGGCCAGGAGACGAGUCUUCGGAAGUGUGAGCAUGGACACACACCAUCUCUCAGAACGACAGCGUGAAGCACAAGGUUUGGUUGGCCAAGAUCAGUCUCUUUGUGAUUCUGGAAUCGAGGACGAGCCAUGUCGGGUAUGA